AAGUGCAUUUUGCCGCUGUCGCUGUCGUCGUCGGCGUGGUCAUUCUUGUUGCCGUUAAGAAUUCUUAAUUUGCAUGCAGUACAUUUGAAGAAAAUAUUACAAGUGCAUAAUUUUACAAUUUAAAUGUGACAACUUCUUGUGUUUGUUGUUGUUUUUGUGCUUUCCCUUGUGCCUAUACGUGGCUGUGUGUGGCUGCUGAAGCAUUCAAAGUAUCAAGUGCCAGCCAGUAAUUUUUUGCUCGUUUACAUAUAAAUAUUUGUUGUUGUUUUUAUUGUUUUACUUUCCACUUGCCAUGUGUGUGCUUUUUCCUGCUAUUCUUUACAUACGUGCGUCUUAAAUUCUUUGAAAAUUUUCAAACCAUUCCUAUAAGCCGAACAUUCAAGAAUUCUACGUGCGCGAGAUCGUCGCUUGAGUCUUUUGAUUCGCCUACUAAUUGUUUAACAGUACGCGCUUUACACACGUACAUAUCUCGGCAGUUUGUAUACAAUUCGUCACAACACACGGUCAACAGCCGGCAGUCUCAGUGUAUCUCGUGAUUUAUUGCCUUCUGCCGUUUGACGCUCCUCUCCGCUCUACGCGCCGCCUUCAUCGCGUCUUCGCCUUAUCAGCAGCACAACACAGCAACACAGAAUGGGCGUGCUGUGGCUCAUUACAAAGUACCUGCCAUGUGCUCGCAUCAUGGUGUCACGCCGCAAGAUUCUUUCACGUUCUAGAGAUGAUCUGAAUUUGGAUCAGACUUUUAGUCCACAGGAAGAGGAGGAGGAUGUGUGGUAUCAAAAGGAGAAACUGUAUAAGGAGCACAUACAAGAAGUUUUGGACAAAUGGACACAAAUCGAUGAUGAGAUUUGGGCCAAAGUGAUUGUUUUCGAACGCAAUCGACGCGUAGCGAAAGCAUAUGCACGUGCGCCAGUGCUCACCAUAAAUGGCUCCGAUGAUGGCUUCGAUGGCAUGCGCAUCGGUUUAUGUGGUUUUGAUAAUCCAAUGCGCGAUCAGAAGACCGAGGAAUAUAAGCGGCACAUCGGGCAGGGUGUCAAAAUCAAAAUGGAUGACGCUGGCAAUAUACUCGUUCGCCGCUAUGCCAAAAGCAAUGUUUACGUUAAGAGCACAGCGAGUGCUCCCAAUGAGGAGACAUCCAUUGGUGCCGACAUACUCAAAUUGCCAAACCAAGCAUUGGAAAGUGAAAAAAUAGUCAAAUUAUUCGAUAUGAAAAAAUUCCAAUCGAAUGUAAAUCGUGAACUUCGUCGUGCUUAUCCCGAUCGUCGACGCCUGGAAACGCAAUGUCUGUCCGUUGUGGCUUUUGUCAAAUCGGAGAACGAUAUAUUGGACUGUCCCGUUUGGGUGCUCAUUGUCAAUGUGGUCGCAAUGGAUAUGCUAAAGAGCAAAUUGCCACCAGUGCAACGCCCCAUAGUGGACAUUAAGAAUCGCCCGAGGAUUCCCAUACCCGACGAGGAUCCGUACAGCGUGGCCGGCAACGGCAGCGGCGGCAGUUCGGGCAGCUCUGGUUUCGGUGCUGGCAGCAGCCAUCAUUCACAACAACAACAGCAGCAGCAGCAGGCCGCCGUUAGUAUGGGCAUGCACACCAUGAAUGGCGCUGGUAUGAAUGGUGGCACCGCUGUCGCUGGACAUGUGGCCGCCACACGUGAACAGUUGCUGUUGCAGACACAACAAUUGGCUCAUAAACGCAGCGAGAAGCCGCCGAAAUUGCCGCCACGCGAUAAUAUUUACUCGCAUGACAUUAUACCCAAGCCCGAUUACGAUGACAUCGAGGUAGACACCAGAAUCAAAUUAUCACGUGGCAAAUCAGACAAAGGCAAAGACAACAAGAAAUAUGAUGAUCCUUACUAUUGUGGUUUGCGCGCACGUGUACCGAACUUCGUGAAGACCUCAAAGUCCAGCAAGGAGCACAAGGAGCAUGUUACCAAUGGCACACUGGUUAAUGGCAAUGCUGGCAACACGAAUGGCAACAGCAACGGCAGCAACAUGAACACACUCAGCCAAAAGAAGAACUCCAUGAUCCACAUGUCGAUGACAGCGCCCAAUUUGCACGCGAUGCACGUGGCAGCUCCACAGCCGCCACCGCACAUGCAUCCACAUCACAUUCAGCAGCAGCAGCUGAUGGCCGCCGCUGCAGCACACGCCGUGCAUCAUCAUCACCCGGCAGCGGCCGCGCACCAUCACGUGCCACAGCAUCCGAUGUGGCAGACGCGCAGCUUCGAGAGCGGCAUAGAUGCCGAUUUAGUUGAAUCACCAUACAAUCACAUCUAUGGACGCUUGCCACUGCCAACACGUGGCUACGUGCCCACACCGCGCACCAUGUACAUUGGCGAAUGGGAUUGAUGAGUCAGCGGAGCGAGGAAAUUCGAAGCAUAACAUUAAAAAUAAAUACAUAUAGCCAUAUACAUAUGUCUAUAUAUAUAUUAUAUGUCUAUGACUUUGCUCUAUAUACUCAAAAAAGUACUUCAUAUAUAAAUAUAUUUCGAUUUGCGUGUAUAUGCUUAUGCGCACGUUUAUUAUGCAACACAGUGAAUAUAAGAAAUAAUAUAUGCAUAGUUUAUAUGCAACAUUUAUUAACUAAUUGUAAGCUUAUAUAUGUUUAUGUAACUGAGUAGCAAUGUCUAAGAGUAUAUAUAUAUAAAACCCAUACAUAUAAAAGAAUGUUAUUGUAGAGCACGCAUAACGGCAAUAAUAAGCUAAAAAUGCGAAAAAUUUAGCAGAAAAUAAUUAGUAUUUUCUUUGAAGUAUAUAUACAUAUAUAUAUAUCGACGUAAAUAUAAAAAUAUAUAAACAUAAAGCAAUGACAACUAUUCUAAAAUAUAUUUUAUUAAGCUCGUAUUUAGUGCGCUUGCUUACGCUUUUAUUUUUCACAGAUCAAUAGCACGCGCAUUAUUAGUACUGUUAUUUUCAUGAUAUGCAAAAAUGUAUGGCAACGCUUAAGGUCAAGCAUAACUUUGUAAAUUUGACGAAGCAAUCUAACGCAACUUAGUAUUUUUAUGCUCUCAGGCUGCAAAUGGUAAUAUUUUUCGAAAAUUUUCAACUAAGUAUAGCAGUUCAUUAUUUGUGUGCUUAUUAUUUUACUUUAAUUUUAUUUAAUUUCUUUUUAAUUCACUCAUAAAAGCAUGCUUAUAUGUACACAUGUAACUGGCAAGAUAAUUAUACACUACCUUAACAGUCAAAAGUUUGGCGUAAAGCAGUCUCAGUAACCGAUAUACUUAUGUAUAUAUACAUGUGCAUAGAAAAUCGAAGAAUUUCUCGGCAAAUCCCAUAAAAUUUCAUACAAAAACAGUCAAAGCCGCCUACAAUGUCGAUUAAUCAGUGGGACAACAUAUUUUUCUCCUAAUAAAAAUGUUGCGUAUACGCACUGUGAAACUGACGGACUUAAGCACUGUAAAAAGUACUUUAAUUUUUUUUUUUAGUUAUGUUAUAUUAUUAUUUGUUUAUUGUCGUAAAAUAAUUGAUUGAUGAAU